GGAGUUUGGUCGCAGAAAUAAUUCGUUGAGUUUGGUCAAUCCUGCAGGCGAGCCCGGACCGGUCCCAUCUGUACAUUUCUGCGUACAGUACACAUUCUGAAUGCGAAGUGAGCCGAGUCUGCAUGCCUACCGUACAUACGGUCUACACUCAAUCAAAAGAGACAAAAUGUCACUUGGACCUAAAACAUACUGCUCUUCCUGCAAGACGUCGGUGACAUGUAUGUGGAGGAAAAAGAAGUCGGGCUCAGUAAUCUGUAAUGGUUGUUAUGUAAAGAAUAACAAUAGCGACGAUUCUCAGAAUAAUUCUUCAGCAAAUGGCAAUGGAAACGGCCACGGGAAAUCGAGUGGAAAUGGAGCUGGAGGAGGAAAAAGCCAAGGAGGAAGGAAGUCGGGAAGGCCGGCCAAGAGGAUGCGUUACAAGCAGAUCGUCAAUGCGGCAAAAUCUCAGUCAACUAAAGGAAAGAAUAGGCGAAUCAUAUUCAAGAGAAAUCCUCUAAAAAGUCCAGCAACAGUGUCCACAAAUGUGACCUCAGGCAGUGUAUUCCACCAGGGUACAUACUACCAAGUUGGUGACAUUGUAUCUCUGCUGGAUGAGGAUGGAGGAAUAUUCUAUGCUCAACUGCGGGGAUUUAUGCAAGAUCAGUACUCACAGAAAAGUGCUAUUAUCACAUGGCUCCUUCCAACACAGGCGACAAACAAGAACAAGUUUGACCCAGCCACAUACAUUUUAGGUCCAGAGGAAGAGCUCCCUCGGUCUCUUGAGUUUAUGGAAUUUGUUUGCCACGCCCCAGCAGAUUACUAUCGCCUUGUCAAGAGUCCUUACCCAGUAGUACCAAUAAAAGAAGAACCAGGAUUUGUAUGGUCAAGUGUACUUCCAGGCAGCAAGCCAACAACAGCAAAUGUAUUUGGUGAAUCAUGAUAGAGAUUUUAGCUUUUGUUUUGAAUAGACAAUUGUGCAACCUCAGAAAAAAAUUGCAAGAACUUGAUAUGAGAUCAUCAUUCCCUUUUAUGAUGUACUGUAUACGCAGAUGCAGUUAAAACUGCAGCACUAAAACGAAUGAACCAUGGACAUGUAUUAUAGGUGAUGUAAACCAUUUUACUGUGAACAUUUUAAAGGUAAUGUGGUGUAUUUCUGGCACAAUAACACAUUUCAUAAUGAGGGCUCAUAUGCAUUUUAUCCCUGUUUACAAUAACAGGUGCCCUGUUUGAAUCCAAGAUCAUAUCAAACAGUAAGAUCCUAGAGGGCUGACAGACAGAAAGGACUAUGUCUUGAAUAUUGGUAUCUUAUGGAAAGAAAAGGAGGAGAGAGAGAGAAAAAAAAAACCAGGUUUUUACUUGACAUGCAUUUUCUGAAGUCGGUGUCAAAACAUCACAAACAUUAGAAAUCAUCUACAAUUCUUCAUGGAAAUUGCCUAAACUCAGUAGCAGUCAUUUGGUGGCCACACUCUAUUAGCAUCUGUGCUUGCUCUGAGUAAAUAGUCACUGAAAUCAAGGUGGUUUGCAGCAAAAUUUGAUGUCUCUGGGUUAUCAGGGCCCACAAUAUGCACACUAUCAGGCAUAGUAAAAACUCACAUGCACUUUGAACAAGACAUAAUUGAACAAAGAGUAAAAAGUUGCAUCUCUGGAUUAAAUACUUUUCCAGCUGUUGAUGAACCUUCAUGCUAUUUUAUUUUAUUUUUCUUCUAAAAUAAAGUGGUUUUGUUGACAUUGCUUCUGCAUUCCUUAUGAAUUAUUUUCCUGCAUAUUCUGUUUCUUAUUGACAUUUAUCCUGAAUUUAGUAAUUUUGUUUUCAUAUAGAAGAAGUGCGGUUCAUAAUUUAAAUGUCUCAAACUACUGAAGGUGAUUGCUUCAUGCAUGAUCUUUUACAGUUGUCCAUCCACUUUUCCUGUUUUCAUUCUCAUAAUAUUCAAUUUCAGGUUACAAAUUAUCUUUGCUAAUGGAUAGGAGUGACAUUGAUCUUAGAUUUUUGUAUCAAGCAUUUAUGGACACUGCCCUUGUUCAGGAAAUCAGUGGUCAUCUAGGAUGGUAUCAUCAUGAAAUUCAUGAUAGUGAUUCUAGGAUAAUUGGAACUGGCUGGGGAGGGGAUUCAAAGACUUAAUGUGUAUGAAUAUGAUGAAAAAUGUGUCCUUCAGUAAUAAAUUGUCAGUAAAUCAUGACAGAAAACUGCCUUGCCAUUGAAAAGGAGGUGUUGGACAAGAUUCAUCAUGACUAUCAUGGUCUCCUUUCUAGGAUCUGCUUGAAUGAUUGGAUAUAACUGUCAUUUUAUACAUUUUACAUUCAAUCUGUUUAUUUUUAGGAAAAGCUUCGUCAAAUUAAUAAUUAUGUAUCAUGAAAAAUGAAAGAUUUUUUACAAAAGGAAUGUAAAAAAGUAAUUCAGCUCACAGAUACAUGAGUACAUGUAUGUAGGUGUCAAAUUUUCCAAUGUUUUUCUCAAAACUAAAAGAAAGAUACUUGUAAAUAAAACCUGUUGAUAUUACAAACCCA